AUGAAGGCUCUCCUGCUGAUCUUGGCUCCGGUGUUGCUUCUCCCGUGCUGGAUGGCGACUGUAGAUGAACAGUCAGCACUGCGUCGGUUACAGGUUGUCCAGAAUGCAGCCGCCCGCCUGCUGACUGGAAAGAAACGGCGUGAUCAUAUCAGUCCCGUCCUUGCAUCUUUGCGCUGGCUGCCUGUUCAUUUUAGGAUCCAGUUCAAGCCCAAAACAUAUCCACUGGACAUGGUUCCUGAUGCUGUUGAUGACACGUACGAAGGCUGCAGAAAUGGCGAAAUGGAGAAGAAGGUCAACGAGACAUACUUACAACAAGAGUUAGGCCUAGACGGAAAUUUUAAAAAAGCCUGGACAGAUAAAGAAGUUGAAAAAUGUUCAAAGAAAAAACCAGAUGAAGGGGAUGAGGCUCUCACUGUAAAUCACAUGCACGCUAUCUGUGCUUAUACAUCUCCAAUUGUUUAUAAAGAAUUCAAUAAAGCAUGCAAGAGCAGUAAGGACUUCAAAUUCUACACUUUACAUUACUGGCUGACUACUGCCAUUCAAAUCCUGAAUAAGAAACAAACCGAACCCUGUCUAACUACUUAUCGUAGAAACGGAUCUGAGUCCACCGGCAAAGUUGGCGACAUCAUUCGGUUUGGUAUAUUUGCCUCCAGCUCUAAAAACACAGGGCAGAAAGAUUACGGUACUAAGACCUGCUUUCAAAUCCACACCUGUUUAGGAGCCUACUUGAAGCAUUAUCCAUUCUUUGAAACAAAGGAGGAAGAGGUGCUUAUUCCCCCCUAUGAACAAUUCAAGAUAACUACAAUUAUUGAAGGGGAGGGUAAAUUUGAAGCGCUGCCUGACUGUGAGAAGGUCUUUGUUUUGGAAAGUGCUGGAAAAGAGAAUCCUCCUGUAACUCCUCUAAAGGGAAGCGUCCGGGAGGAUCCUGACCAGGAGCCCAAACCACCUCAGCUGGCUCCUUUCCAUGUGAAGGAGCAGCGGCUGUACUCCUAG